AUGUCGCAAGUACAUCAGACCACGCCAUCACUGGCUGAAGGUUACCCUGUGACAAAUCUGACUUUGGUGGUCCUUUUGCUCAUACCCUGCGUGGUUAUUCUGCUUCUGCUGAAUUGCCUGUUCCUGGGUUACAAGUUGCUGAUCCUGUCAAAGAAGAACAACAGACCGAGGCGAGAGGACACAGAGGAGAUGCUUCUGCAGUCCACCCUGCAUAGAGUCAGAAGGGUCUCGGACGUGGCUUUCUCCCCGCUGCAGGAGGGGAGGAGAGCCUACAUGUCUCUGUCAGAACCCGUCCUGCCCCAUCCUGUCACCUCUUCCAGGGCUUCAUCCAGGGAGGGGGCCGAGGUGGAUCACAGAAUCAGGCUCUUGAGGCCAGAUGGUGCCACCGGCUCAGGGUCUCUGAGGGCGCCGAGCACCAUCCGGGCCACUUCCUCCGCAGCUGGUUUCACCCCAAGACUGGACCUGCCCCCCGGGUCACGGACACGUUGCAUCAGUAGGACAGGGUGGUGUAAAAGCGCACCGGUCCUACCACAGUCCAGUGACUCGGAGGCUGAAACCAGAGUGAACCUAGUUCCGCCCAACUCUCCCAUGCAGGAGACAGAACAUGUGGGUCUUAGACGUCAGAGCAGUAUUUACCAGAUGUUGACAGAUGUGAACCCAGGUGUUGCAAUGCACGUGUUUGACAAAAUAGACAUGGAGUGUGAGUACACCAACCCGCCCUCCGAGGUGUCCUGUCUGAACACAUCUGCAGUGGGUCCUGGACUGGACAGCGACUUUGGUGCAAGUGCAGGUGUCUCCUUGCGGAUUUUGUCAGCAGACAGUGACGGUUUGUCCAACGGUGUGCUAGCUUCUGCUUUGGAGUGGGAUUAUUACGACCCCUGCUACGUCAAACAGAACAAUGUACCCAAACAUAAACAUCACAGACCUGCAAUGCACACCAAACAGUACUGGGUGUGAUAUUUCCCAGCUGUCAGCGUCAUUAGUAGUUUUAAUAUUUAUUUUUAUUAUCUAUUUAUUUAAUUCUAUCUAAAUGUUUUAUUUUUGGAAAGUCACAUUUGUUUUCUCUCACUUGUCAUCACUAUGCCUUUACACUGAUUUCUAUUGAUACCAUUAUUUG